ACAACUCAUUCACUUAGGUAUGCUGUGCUGUAAUCAGUGUAUUGCUCAACUUCCCCUGAUAAGACCUUCUCCUGCCCAUGAGCUCGGUCAUAUAAAGUGUUGAGAGAGAUAGCCAGCAUUUCUCAAAUUCUUCAGUCAGACAACCAAACGCUUUCUACAGUGAGCAGCCAUGCCAUCCGAGCUAGAGACUGCCAUGGAGUCCCUCAUCAUGGUAUUCCACCGCUACGCUGGAAAAGAGGGCAAGAGCGGCACCCUGACCCGCCGUGAACUCCGAAUCCUGAUGGAGAACGAGCUCUCUGGGUUUCUCAAGUCUCAGAAGGAUCCGACCACCAUAGACAGAAUAAUGAAGGACUUGGAUGCCAAUGGAGAUGGGGAGGUGAACUUUGAGGAGUUUGUGUCUUUGGUUGUGGGUUUGUCCAUCGCUUGUGAGGCGUGCUAUAGAAUGCAGUUAAAGAAGACACAGAGCUGGAAAUGAAGAGGAAAAUGAUCCAUGCAGACAAACUGUAAAGUUGGUCCUGUUGUCUAUUAAUAUAUCUGAUUGUUUUUUACUUUUCUUUUGAUUUUGAGUUUGUGUGUGUACAUCAGUAUCGGAUGAAAACCAUAAAAACUACUUUCGCUGGCAGGUUAAAGUACAGUGGGUGUGUAUGACUUUUUGAGCUUUACACUGUCUGUACUGAAAGCAAAAUAUGUUUUUAUUUAAAAUAAAGCUUUAAAAUAUUCAAACGUC